AUGGCAAGUUUGAGGGCCCAUUUAUGUUCCUUGUUGACCUACGCAACCUUUCUCAGCCUAAUAAGCUGCCACAGCCUGCGGGAAAACCAUGUCGCUUUAAUCAUUUUUGGUGAUUCACUAUUUGAUCCUGGAAACAACAAUUACAUCAACACCACUUUUGCUUACCAGGCGAAUUUCUGGCCUUAUGGUGAGACCUUCUUCAGGUACCCUACAGGCAGAUUUUCUGAUGGGCGUCUAAUUCCGGACUUUAUAGCUGAGUAUGCAGGCUUGCCAUUAAUUCCAGCGUAUUUACAACCUGGUGAUCGUAAAUUCAUACAUGGGGUGAACUUCGCAUCAGGAGGAGCUGGUGCUCUAGUUGAAACAAAUCAAGGAUUUGUUAUAGACCUGAAAACUCAAGUAAGCUAUUUCAAGAAAGCAGAGAAAUCUCUGAGACAAGAACUAGGAGGUGCAGAAGCCAAGAAAUUGUUGUCCAGAGCUGUUUACUUGAUUAGCAUAGGAGCCAAUGAUUACUUGACUCGAAACUCCACCGCAUCUGAUGUAGAGUAUGUUGCCAUGGUGAUUCGCAACCUGACUAUUGCACUCAAAGAAAUAUACAAGAUAGGAGGAAGGAAGUUCGGGUUUCCAAAUAUGGCUCCUUUGGGUUGUUUGCCAUUCAUCAAACUACAAGUAGGUAGCAAUGGUUCUUGCCUUGAUGAAGUCAACAAGCUUGCCCAACUGCACGAUCAAGAACUUCCCAAAGUCCUUCACGAGCUAGAGAAGCAGCUGCCAGGCUUCAAAUAUUCAAAUUACAAUUUCUAUAAAACUGUCGGUGAGAGAUUAAGCAACCCUUCAAAAUAUGGGUUCAAAGAUGCCAAGACGGCACGUUGCGGCUCUGGUUUGUUCCGAGGAAUUUAUAGUUGUGGAGGGAAGAGAGGCAUAAAAGAGUAUGAAUUAUGUGAGAAUCCUAGUGAAAAAUUCUUCUUUGACUCCUAUCAUCCCUCAGAAAAGGCCUAUCAACAAUUUGCAAAGGAAAUGUGGAGUGGGGCUAGGUGGACGGGAGUCCGGUCUGCCGAUUUUGAGAGGCAGUUGCUUUGGGGCGGCUGGGAAUGA